AGCCAACGGCGGCUCAAGACGGCAGGUUUGCGGCAGAUCCCCAGAAAGAUUCAGUCUUCUGGUGGUGGCGUUUGCACACGCCCGCCGAAGGUGUCGCCGAAGGCGUGAUGGGUUGCUGCGCGAGCUCCCAGGCAGGCACUCACGCUGCGACCGAGCCGGUUUUCGAGGUGCUGCGAGAGCGAGACUUGCAGCAGACCGCCACCGACGCCGCGCUGCCCUCUGGGGCGCCUGCGACAAAUAGCUCUCAGGGCGCCCGGCCGGGCUCGGGGAGGUGUUCAGAAAUCAGCAGCUCGGGCUGCUCAAGGCCUCCGGCGAACUCCGGAGACACCAGCGCCGCCGAUGACCUCCACCCAGGCGCGAAGGUGCCCAUUCCGCGGUUCAGCGUCAUGAGCAGCUGGGCGCCCAGCAUCCCGGAGAGCGCGGAGGGUACCGCCAGCUCUGACGACGGGGAGGAGGGCUCGUGGGCGGCUCCGGUCCCGCUGGAGUGGGGCCCCACCGACGUGAGGCCCCAUGUUAUCAUCAUCGGGGCCGGCUUCGGCGGCAUGAAGGCCGCCAGGGACCUCAAGGACCGCUUCCGCGUGACCGUGUGCGACUGCAAGAACUACUUCCAGUACGGGCCAGGGAUCCUGCGCUCGUUCGUGGACCCCUCCCACUUCGACAACGUCGUCUUCGAGCUCCGGCCGAUCCUCGAAGGGGAGAUGGGGUGCUCUUUCAUGUGGGGAGAGGUCAUUGGCAUAGACCCGGAGAGGCGAGAGGUGGCCAUGUACCGCCUCACAGAGUACGUCGGCAAUGAGGCAAGGCGAUGGCGCUCUGGCAACCUCACCGCGUACCCGGCGAGAAAGGCAAAGGAGGUGACGGUCUUGAAGUUCGACUACUGCGUCAUCGCUGCGGGCUGCUGCUACAACAAGAUGGAGAAAUCCAGGGGCCAGUCCCUGUGGUUCCCCACUGUGCUGAACAGCCAUCAGAGGAACUCUGCGUGGAAGCACAUCGACGAACGAACCAUCCAGGGGCGCCGAGCACACAUUGAAGAAGAGUACGAGAAGCUGAAGAAGCUCGAAGAGGACAAAGGGAACGUUUUGGUGGUAGGGGCAGGGUUCAUCGGCGUUGAGUGGGCCCUGGAGAUCAAGUCGGUCUUCGACAACAUCGGGGUCACGAUCGUGAACCGCCCAGACCAGAUCCUGUGCCGCUGGCCCAAGAAGGCGGUCGAUUAUGCCAGGGCCGCUCUGGACAGGACCCCAAACCUCCAGACCAUCACGGGCGCGCAGUACGACCCCGCGGACCCCGACACGCUCCGGAAGAUCGGCGCGAGGACCGACCCGAGCGCAGUGUACGCGUGCACGGGCGUGCAGGCCUCGGUCACCUUUCUGCCGCCGGGCUGCCUCACGGUGGCCGGCGAGAUGCACCAGAGGCACGGCCUCGGGUGGGUGCGGGUGAACCGGAAGCUGCAGGUCGAGACCCGGGCGGACGACGGAGCGCUAUCGCCCUGGUGCGUGGACGAGCACGGGCACGCGCGGGUGUUCUCGAUCGGGGACUGCACGUUCAUCAGGGGCCUCGAUCCGCUCCCGAAGCAGUGCUACCCAGCCGAGGAGCAGGGGUUCAUCGUGUCCCGGAUGAUCGAGAUGACCGAGGGACAGGUGAGCGGGAAUCCGGAGCUCCAGGCCCUCUGUGGUCCCCAGCGGCCGCUGCCAGACGCGCACUGGCCGUGGGGUGCAGGCAUGGUCGUGCUGUCGCUGGGCCCCAGCGACGCCGUCUUCGUGCUCGCCUCCACCGCGGAGGACGGCUCUGGCGUGGUUGGGCUUUGGGGGCAGCUGGCGGCCAUCCAGAAAGAGAUCAUUGAGGUCUCGAAGAUGUCUGAGGAGCGGUACGGGAUCAUCGGCAGGGCGAUUUGGUACUACGUGCACAACACCCCGGUGCACCUGUGGGGGUCCGGGCCCCUGCUGGGCUACUGAGACCGCGCGCGCUUGCGCUUUCGCGCCGCGGGGCGCGCGGAGCUUGCCCUUCGGAGGUUGUCGAAGUCCCUCGGGAGCUCUCGAGUGCUCCGGGGGGGGGGGAGUCCCCCCGCGCAGACAUGGCACCCGUUGUUCCCUUGCCCCUCCUCCUCCUCCUCCUCCUCCUCCUCCUCCUCCUCCUCCUCUGACGCUGCUUAGCCAGUGAGCCGCGUCCUCCCAUGUUUCAAUUGUGCGUGCGAAGUCCGGUCCGAUGCUGGAGUGGUCUUGGGACGCUCUGAGAAGGCCGCGACGCCCGAUACAUCCUGCAGAGCCGCCAAAUCUCAGAGAUCCUCGAGUUAAUGUCACCCGGAUUUAUCUUCGUCCUGGCUUCGUCUUAAGGAAGCGAGAUGGAAUGGGACCACUGGCAGCGGCCUUGCCGACCUCGCCAUCGCGGCCGCCUGGGCCGGCCCAUUUGAAAUGAUUUGGGUCGGUCUUGGGCCGGCCAGCGGCGAGGCUGUUCACUGGGAGGUUGAAGAGGAGGAUGGCUUGGAAAGUGCAUAUAAAUGAAUGGUGCUUUCCGUUCGUAGAACUAUACCAGCGCGUCGUUUUUCUCGGCCACGGCCUGUGGAAGAAGCCAUGCGUUUGGCCGACGAUGUUGCGGCCCUUGGACUGUGAAGAGAAGUUUGUUCGCCCAGUCUCUUCGUUUUAAGUCGGACCUUCGACAGUCUUUGCGCUCUCGCUACAAACGCGGGCCAGAGCACAAGAUAAAAUAUGUUAUUUGUGCAGUGGCUCGGUCUUCUGAGCACCGUGGUGGUACAAAAACAGCUGACGUUCAGCGCGGGUGACGCCACUAAAGAAACGACCAACAGCGAGUGAGACAGUGUCCUGUGUUUUCCCACAUCCAAAGUGGGGUUCUCGUUUCCUCUGGACACCCCGCGCAGGAACAGGAGCUCCCCCUCCC